GCUGUUCUUGGAAUACUACCCUGUUAAGAUGCCUUAAAAGCUUGUCACUACUAGGUUGUAAGGUUCCCCGCAGGAACGCAAGGUAUCUUAAAACUGCAAACUCCUGAAAGAUCAGCAUGUACAGAACAGAAUCAAACAAUGAGGAUGAUUUCCAGCCAUCUACAACUACUCAACCGUCUACAGUUACUCAACUGACUACAAUUACUCAGGUUUCCAGUGAUCCUGCUUUUAGUUCAACAUAUGAGGACGCUAAGGAAAGGAAACAACAGGUGAACAGAAGUACAAAUAGUUAUUGUCCUCCACAAGGAACAUUCAAUAAGAUAAUUACAGAUGGAGUUACACUCAUUUUAUUAUGGGUUCUACUCUGGGCCCUUAUGGGCCAAGAAGUUCUCCCUGGUGGAAAUUUGUUUGGACUUAUAGUUAUUUUUUACAGUGCCUUCCUUGGGGGGAAAAUUUUAGAAAUCAUUAGAAUACCUGUAGUGCCCCCACUUCCACCUCUUCUGGGCAUGUUACUGGCUGGUUUCACCAUCAGGAAUGUUCCAAUUAUUUAUAAAUUUGUCCAUAUUCCUACCACAUGGUCUUCAGCUUUAAGAAACACGGCCCUUACUAUUAUCCUAAUACGAGCUGGGCUUGGACUGGACCCGCAGGCUUUGAAGCAUCUGAAGGGAGUUUGUUUGAGGUUGUCAUUCGGUCCAUGCCUCAUAGAGGCGUGUUCAGCUGCUUUUUUCUCCCACUUCCUUAUGAAGUUUCCUUGGCAAUGGGGGUUCCUCUUAGGCUUUGUUCUAGGUGCUGUCUCUCCUGCUGUUGUGGUGCCCUCCAUGCUGUUGUUGCAAGAAAACGGAUACGGUGUUGAGAAAGGCAUUCCAACCUUGCUGGUGGCCGCCAGCAGUAUGGAUGAUGUUGUGGCCAUCACUGGAUUCAACACAUUCUUGAGCAUGGUCUUUUCCUCGGGUAGUGUAGUCAGCAAUAUCCUAUCAUCCUUGCGGGAUAUAUUUAUUGGUGUGCUGGUAGGAAUUGUUAUGGGAGUUUUUAUUCAGCAUUUUCCAAGUGGAGAUCAGGAGAGACUUACGCAGAGGCGAGCCUUCCUUGUUCUGAGUAUCUGUGUUUCUGCUGUCUUAGGCUGUCAGCACUUAGGCUUACAUGGAUCUGGAGGACUGGUCACACUAGUGUUGUCGUUCAUGGCAGCAAAAAAGUGGGCUAAAGAGAAGGUUGGAAUCCAAAAAAUUGUCGCAAAUAUGUGGAAUGUUUUUCAGCCACUUCUUUUUGGCUUAGUUGGAACAGAAGUAUCUGUUGAAGCUCUUGAAUCGAAAACUAUUGGCAUGUGUAUUGCUACUUUGGGUUUUGCAUUAUCGGCUCGAAUUAUAGCCACUUUUACAUUGAUGUCUUUUGCUGAAUUUCGUUUUAAGGAGAAAGUAUUUAUUGCUUUAUCAUGGAUCCCCAAAGCUACAGUCCAGGCUGUCUUAGGUCCUCUGGCUCUAGAGAAAGCAAGGGACAUGGCACCCCACUUGGAAGCAUAUUCGAAGGAUGUGAUGACAGUAGCCUUUCUAGCCAUCCUGAUCACAGCUCCAAAUGGAGCUCUCCUCAUCGGCAUACUGGGACCCAAAAUACUUGAUCGUAGUGAUGUGACAGGCCCUAUAGAAAUGGAGCUAUCACAGUUUGAACAUUAAAAAGUUUGCCAUCACCCA